UGUCGUUAAACGACAAGUUAAUGUAUGGGUCGUGAGUCGGUCGUUCGGAGAUAAAUACAGGUGUAAUAAAACCAUGGAUUUAGUCUAAUCGAAAACUUCAAGCAGUACGUUACUCCGAUCCGACGAAAUAUCACGGUGUCUCACCAAGUCUUACGGUAGUUUCAAUACUCAAAAAGUGGCGACGAGAGAUAAAGUGACUUGAGUGGCAUACAGUGCUUUGAAAGAAGGUUAUAAGUGUUAGCUGAGAGUAAAAUCUUGUUCUGGUGAACACUGUACAAUUGUAUAACCCGUUGCAAGCCAAAGUGCGAUAAAGGAAUAAAGACGAAAUAAAACAUUGUGCGGCUAUCUACAGGAGACAAUUGGACAGCAGCGCGACUCCUCCAGCGAAUUUAAUUGACCAUCGUUGACGCGCGGUGGAGCCAAUAUCGAGGAGAAAAGAAUCGGUUGCACUAGGUGUCGAAGGGCAUUAUCGUGAAGAUCGCUUUUACCUUUCCGGAUUGGUCCAGUUGUUCCGUGUCCGCAUCUGGGUAAUUACCCCACGACUCGCGUGGUUGCUAACGGGCAUAAUCACGAGCAACUAUUGAAGUCGGCGAAUGCUGAGAAGUUUUUUUUCUGGUGAGUCAAUUCAUUUUAUUACUAAGACGCAACUGCUAUCGUAGAUUGGAGUGGAUUAUUGAUCAAGUUAUUGGUUGAAGUUAGAAGAAAAUCUAUACAUAUUUUUGACAUGGCACAAUCUAAUAUAACGACUACAUUAGAACCCUACCGGAGAGGUACUUCCUUCAGUGACUGGGUUGACAGACUUAGGUUUUUCUUUAACAUAAAUAAACUUCCUGAGGACGCUAAAAGAGACCAUUUUGUUACCUUGAGUGGUCCAACUAUUUUUAAGGAGCUGAAGCUACUGUACCCUAAUACUGAUCUAGCAGGAGUUUCUUAUGAUGAAAUGGUAAAAAAUUGAAAGCACGACUGGAUAAAACAGAGUCUGAUUUAGUACAACGCCUUAAAUUCAAUAUUAGAGUACAGCAGCCGGAUGAAUCUCUGGAGGACUUCGUCCUAUCUGUCAAACUUCAGGCUGAAUUUUGCAAUUUUGAGACUUUCAAAGAUAUGGCCAUAAGAGACCGUAUUGUAGCGGGAAUUCGUGAUAAGGUACUGCAACAAAGACUUUUGAAUGAAGAAAAACUUACUUUAGAUAGCGCAGAGAAAAUGAUUGCGACUUGGGAAAUAGCCAGAAAUAAUGCGAAAAAUAUGAAUUGUGCCAAUAAAACUUGUAUGGAGCAUAUAGCAGCCAUAAAUGCUAGGGGGGGUUCGUCUGGAUCAAGAUUCAAAAAAUUAGCGGCCACGUUGGAGUUAGCAUCUAAACCAACGGUGGGUGGCGGAGGAGCCGAACGUAAUAGAGGUUCUGUUAAGAAUAGGUUAGGGUAUUCACCAUAUCAAAAUGAUCAAUGGCGGAGCAGACAAUGGCGAGGCAGAUCGGACCAAGAAAGGCCAAAUCGUGGUCAGGCCAACGUAGAAGGGAAUCGCUUCCGGAAUCGACCAGAUUACUCGCAGUUCAUUUGCGAUUUCUGUGGAGUAAAGGGUCACAUAAAACGGAAGUGUUUCAAGCUGAAAAACAUGCAGAGGGACGCAGUGAACAUGGUGGAUACGAAUGUUUCGGGCCAAAACAAUGACGAGUACCUGAGCGAUCUGGUCAACAGGAUGCGGACGGAUUCGAAUAGCGAAAGCGAGGAAGAGGGUGAGCAAACUGUUCUUGAAUGUAUGCACGUGUUAUCUAUUGGAAAAAUAAGUGAGCCCUGUAUCGUAAAUGUUGAAAUUGACAAUAUAGCGUUUGAUAUGGAAGUGGAUUGUGGUUCGUCGGUGACAGUAAUAGGGAGGAAACAAUAUUUUGAAUACUUUACCAAAGAUUUAAUGAAAUGUCAGAAAAGAUUAAUUGUUGUAAAUGGUUCUAGCCUCAUUGUUGAAGGAGAAGUCGACGUUUUGGUUAAAUUUAAAGGAAUUGAACGAAAACUGACUCUUCUUGUACUUAAUUGUAAUAACAAUUUCAUUCCACUCUUAGGAAGAACUUGGAUUGACGUUUUUUUUCCAAACUGGAGGAAUUUUUUUGUUAAUUCAAUUUCUACUAGUAUUGUGACGAAUCAUGAAAUAGUUGAUGAAAUUAAGAGUAAAUACUCAAAUGUUUUUCAUAAAAAUUUUACCACACCGAUCCGGGGCUAUGAAGCGGAUUUGGUUUUAAAAUCCGAGGUACCAGUAUUUAAAAAGGCUUAUGACGUCCCUUAUCGUUUAAGGGAUAAAGUAUUAGAAUAUUUGACGAAACUAGAAAGUGAAAAUGUUAUCACACCGAUUAAAACUAGCGAAUGGGCAUCUCCGGUGAUCGUGGUUAUGAAAAAGAAUAAUGAGAUUAGAUUGGUUAUAGACUGUAAGGUUUCAGUAAACAAAUUCAUAGUACCUAAUACAUACCCAUUGCCAACUGCCCAGGAUGUUUUCGCCGGAUUAGCGAAUUGCUCUGUGUUUUGUUCUUUAGAUCUUGAAGGUGCUUAUACGCAAUUGUCCUUAUCAGACAGAUCCAGGCAAUUUAUGGUAGUAAAUACACUAAAAGGACUCUUCACAUACAAUAGAUUGCCCCAAGGUGCAUCCUCAAGCGCCUCAAUAUUUCAGCAAGUUAUGGAACAAGUUUUGAAUGGUAUUGAAAAUGUAACUGUUUAUUUGGAUGACGUUUUGAUAGCGGGCAUAAGUUUUAACGAUUGUAAGGUUAAAUUGAUGGCGGUUUUAGAGAGAUUGGACGCCGCUAACAUAAAAGUGAAUUGGGACAAAUGUAGGUUUUUUGUAACUGAGCUUGGUUUUUUGGGACAUGUUAUUAGCGAAAAAGGUUUAAAACCGUGCCCCGACAAAAUCUCGACUAUAAAACAGGCUAAUGCACCACGUAAUGUGACGGAAUUAAAAUCGUUUUUAGGUUUAAUUAAUUAUUAUCACAAAUUCAUACCACGGUUAUCGUCGAAAAUGUAUUUUUUAUAUCAAUUAUUGAAGUCGGAUGUGAAAUUCGUUUGGAAUGAGAAUUGUAACAAAGCGUUUGAAAGUAGUAAAAAUCUGUUAACAGAAACACAAUUUUUAGAAUUUUACGACCCAAACAAACCAAUUGUAAUUGUAUCUGACGCAUCCGGUUAUGGGUUGGGAGGUGUAAUGGCACAUAUUAUAGACGGAAUUGAAAGCCCAUAUAUUUCACAUCAUUUUCAUUGAAUUCAGCUCAGAAAAAUUAUCCAAUUUUACACCUGGAAGCGCUUGCUUUAGUAUGUACAGUGAAAAAGUUUCAUAAAUUUCUAUUUGGGAAAAAGUUUUCAAUCUAUACGGAUCAUAAGCCAUUGGUUGGCAUUUUUGGGAAGAAUGGAAAGCACUCCAUUUAUGCAACUAGAUUGCAAAGAUUCGUAUUGGAAAUGUCAAUCUAUGAAUAUGAUGUGCAAUAUAGACCAUCGCAGAAAAUGGGAAACGCAGAUUUUUGUUCGCGUUUU